GGAUUACCGGGCCGGAACCCGCCGGCGGUGCCCCUGAGGACCUGCAGCCCGACGCUCCGGGACCGGGCGGAGUGCGCCGCAGAUUUCUGCUUGGCAGAUUACUCAAAGGCAAGAAGGACCACCCUACCAUUCUUUGAUUGUUGCCCCUGUAAGACCCCAGCAACAGACUCUAGGCCAAGUCAUCCGUGCUGCCGUACACCCUUCCCACCCCAGACACUCCUCUGGGGUCCAUAUGAGGUCAACAGUGUGAAGAUGACCAGUGCCUUCUUACCUUCUUAGCAUGACGACCUUGGACCAUGUGAUCGCAACCCAUCAGUCAGAGUGGGUCUCCUUCAAUGAAGAGCCACUCUUUCUUGUCCCUUCUGAGGGGGGCACUGAAGAGCACUUCCCAGAACUGUCAUCUUCCUCAGGUCCAUCUGAGAGCUCCUCUGGGGAGAACCAUGUGGUGGAUGGAGUCUCUCAGGAUCUUUCCCACUCAGAGCAGGAUGACUCUUCUGAAAAGAUGGGCCUCAUCUCUGAAGCAGCUUCCCCUCCUGGGAGCCCUGAACAGCCUCUACCUGACCUUGCCUCAGCCAUUAGCAACUGGGUUCAGUUUGAAGAUGACACACCCUGGGCCAGCACCUCACCAUCUCAUAAGGAAACAGAGAAGACAAUGUGAAGAUGGAAUACAAACAUUUGAAGAUGCUGGCCUUAAAGGUUAGAGUGAGGAAGCCACAGCCGAAGAAUGCCUACAUCCAUCUGCCAGAAGAAGCAAGGAACAGAUUCUCUACUCCUGU